AGCAAACACAAAUACAGAGCUGCACUGUGUUUAGUUAUCACGCACAACAUAAACUGCAGGAGACACACAGAGACUAACAGGGCACAACCUCCAUCAGCAUCAGUCAUGAGUUCAGCUCUGUAUCUGGUCCUGCUUUUCUCAGGUCUGUGGACGCUCUCCUUCUGUGCGACUCGUCAGUUUUAUGUGGUGAAUGAAAAGAAGACCUGGACCGAAGCUCAGCACUACUGCAGAGAGAAAUACACUGACCUGGUCACCGUUGAGAGCCAAGAGGAGAUGAACGCUCUGGUAGCUGUUCUCAAUGGGAAAACUGGCUAUUUCUGGAUUGGACUGAGACAGAAAGAAAAUAAGGACAACACUGUCUGGAUCUGGUCAGAUGGGAGUAACUCCUCAUACAGAUACUGGAACACUGGAGAACCAAACAACGGUGUGGGUGAUAACUGUGGGAUAUUAGUGAGCAACAAUGCAUAUAGAUGGAAUGAUCUGGGCUGUACAUACCCAGAUCCAUUUGUCUGCUAUAUAAAUAUUCCACUCAUCCUGAUUAAUGAGACCAAGACGUGGAGAGAAGCUCUGAGCUACUGCAGAGAGAAUCAUGUGGAUCUGGUUUCUGUUCACACUGAGGAAAUCCAGCACUGGGUGGAGAUUAUGGCUAAAAAUGCCUCCACUGCUAAUGUGUGGAUGGGUCUGCAGCACACCUGUGUCUUAAGUAUCUGGUUCUGGGUGAGUGGAUUGACUAUGUGCUAUGAGAACUGGGCUCCGGGGAACGGGACGGAGGUGGAAGACUGCGGUGGAGGAGAAAGAACAGGAGCGGUGCAGUCUGGGAGUAAGCAGUGGGUCAGUCUGCCAGAGGAUCAGAGACUCAACUUCAUCUGCGCCACCAGGAAGAUCUAGAAGAUUCAAGCUGUUCAGCUGGAUCCGGUUCUUCACCAAGAUGCUUCUGAUGAAGUCAGACAAAUAUGAUCGUUUGCUUAAUAAUAUAAAUAUUCACAUUACUCUUCUUUUCAUUGGCAAAAGGCUUUAAAAGUAAUUUUGAAACUCAUAAUAAGCUCAUUAUAAUGUGUAUGUUUUAUAUGGUUAUUUAAUGAGUUAUUCAUGUUGGGUAUUAAUUCAGACUUACUUGCUACUGAAUGUUAUUUUCAUCGUUACAUCAAGUAGAAAUAUUCAUUAAACAAGGUUGGAAGGUGUCCAAUCCCCAAAGGUCAA